GCUAUAGCAAGCUCAUCGACCUCCAACCCCCCGACACAGUCCCACGAGGCACAGUCCGAGCAACCCUACUCCGACACUCCUCAGGACCUGAAGACGGGGGCCAAAUCGGGGGAAACGUGUCUGUCAAUUGCCCAAUCCCGAAGUCCUCUCCGCGACGAGAUCGCUCAUCACCUGGGCGAGUCCUCCUCUUCUGCUCCCUAUCGCGUCUACAAGCGCCGCUUCUUCGGCCUGGCCCAAUUAGUCCUGCUCAACAUCAUCGUGAGCUGGGACUGGCUUACGUUUGCUGCUGUUUCAGACACUUCGGCUCAAUUCUUCGAUGUGAGCCCCACAGCAAUCAAUUGGCUGUCUACGGGAUUCCUAUUCGCCUUCGUUGUUGCUGCGCCAGCGACCAUCUGGGUGCUCAAUCGACAUGGACCGAAGACUUCGAUCCUGGUCGCAAGUGGACUGGUACUCUUUGGAAACUGGAUUCGAUAUGCCGGUGCCAGAUCCGGGCGCAAUGGAACCUAUGGACUGGUCCUGUUUGGACAGAUGCUAAUUGGUCUGGCGCAGCCUUUUGUUUUGGCAGCUCCUACACGAUACAGUGAUAUGUGGUUUUCCGACCAGGGAAGAGUGGCUGCGACGGCUGUUGCUUCCUUGGCAAACCCUUUUGGUGGAGCACUGGGACAGUUGAUCGGACCUUUCUGGACUAAUGGACCUGCUGAUAUUCCCACCAUGGUGCUGUACACAUCCAUUCUCUCUACCCUCGCCACCCUCCCAGCCAUCUUCAUCCCCGCCCGACCCCCCGCGCCUCCUUCUGCUGUGGGCGCGGCUCAAAAGCUCGACCUCCAAACGGCCUUUCGAGAACUUCCUCGCAACGGCUCCUUUUUUCUGGUGCUGCUUCCAUUCUCCGUUUACGUCGGUUUCUUCAACGCCACAUCCAGCUUGAUCAACCAAAUCUUCGAACCCUAUGGCUUUUCCGAGGACGAUGCGGGAAUUGCCGGGGCGAUGCUCAUCGUGGUCGGACUCGUUGCAUCAGCGAUCGUGUCACCACUCAUUGAUCGCACGAAAGCAUACAUCCUGACCAUUAAAGUACUCGUCCCUUUGAUUGCGAUCUCGUACACCAUCUUGGUAUUCAUGCCCCAGACGCGUGGCUUAGCCGGUCCAUAUAUUGUCUGCGCGUUACUGGGAGCUACGAGCUUCAGCUUAUUACCCACGUCUUUGGAAUUGCUGAGCAUUGUUACAUUUCCGGUCAGCCCGGAGGUGAGCAGUGUUAUCGCUUGGACCGGAGGACAGAUUUUGGGAGCAGUCUUUAUUAUCAUCAUGGAUGCACUGCGGGGAGGGUGGAGUGGAGCACCGGAGGAUAGCAUGAUACGCUCACUGAUAUUUCAGGCACUAGUAGCUUGGAUUGCUGUGCCAUUCCCGCUGAUGUUGGGUGUGUGGAAGUUUAGGAAGAUCACGGUGGGAGGCGAGGCCGCGAUGCUGGGAGCAGACGGCUAGCCAUGCGAUGCAUGCCGCAGAUAUGAAUUCCUGAUCUCUGGAGAUACCCAUGAUCUGAGCACCAGAUCUUUCGAAGCCAUGUGUUGCGCCUAGAUGCAGGAACGUGUGCUCAUACUAACUAAGACCGGCUUUGAGAGCAAGAAGUCUUACUCGAGAAACAUAAUCCAGGAACGCGUGUGUGAGAACAAAGAAAUCUUGAACCAGCGUACGAAUGGGCUUUGUGCGCGACUUGGACACUGUACGCAUCCGGCAAAAGAUCAUGUCUGGGAGUCGGCUUUGUUCUUCUUCCGAGGGCUCAUAAUAGGUUCCACCUGCAGUGUAACUAUCUCCUCCACAUUAUACCCUCUGAAUUAUGACUCCAAAGAGAACACCAAACGACAGCAAGCUCAGACCAGAAGCGCUCACAAGAAGUGUCAGUUUUGGCGAGGAAAGAAACGGCAAGACAAGAGUGACGCGACCUGGCACUUCACCAACUUCCCCAGAAAAGAAAAUGUAUCCUCUGACAAGCCCGCCUCUGACCAAGAGGAAGAUUGUCAAGCGCACUUCCAAAAAGUUGUAUCUGGGCGAGGACUCUCCGUCAGCUAUGUCGAAACCCAAGCCGGAAACUCAGAAAAUUAAGAACUUCGAUUCGCCUUCACCAAGAGCACCAGGGGCACCGAAGAAAGCCCAGAAGUUCAUCAGCUCCCAUCAUAUCAAUAUACCGAGGGCAUCCUUCCCGGCCGCGAUUCCCGAUCACUACUCCAGCGACUCUAGUAGUGAUAGUGAUACUACCGGAACGGAAGAAGACACAAGCAGCGAGAGUAGUAGUGGUAGUGAUACUACCGAGACGGACAUAGACACAAGCAGCGAGUCUAGUAGUGACAGUGAUACUCCUGAUGCUAUCACUCCUGACGGUGUCACUCCUGAUGGUGUCACUCCUGAUGCUGUCACUCCUGAUGGUGCCACUCCUGAUGCUGUCACUCCUGAUGCUGUCACUCCUGAUGCUGUCACUCCUGAUGCUGUCACUCCUGAUGCUACCACUCCUGCGAGAGGUAAUGUUCGUGGUCUCGCAAAGGGUAUCGAUGGCAAAAGGAAGAAGAAGAAGGCGAAGAAGAACAAGGCCGCGCAGAAGAAGAGAGGCGUUGUGAAGAAGGGUGUCGUAAGGAGGCAGAAGCUGCCGGAUAUUCCUCAAUCGGAGCUUGCGAAAAGGAGAACAACACGGAGCGUAAAGGGAAAGAAAUUCUUUUCAUUGCCCUGAGAAUAUAUAUAUAAUCUGGCGACGAGGAAAGAAGUUCAAGCUUGUUGGACUUUUGUUCUAUUAGUGUGUCAGUGUGUCUCUCAGGUUAUUUAAAUAUUUGGU